AUGUCUGUGUGGACUGUGGCAUGUUUCCUGAGUGCAAUGAGAGAAAAAGGAAUACAUUGUCCCUUCUGUCAUGGAAAUGUGACGAGAAGAGAAAGAGCACGUCCUGAACAGGCCUUAGACCUUGAAAAUAUCAUGAGGAAGUUUUCUGGUAGCUGCAGAUGCUGUGCAAAACAGAUUAAAUUCUAUCAUAUGAGACAUCCUUACAAAUCUGGUAAGAAGUAUCAGGAUGAAUAUGGUGUUUCUUUUAUCAUUCCAAACUUUCAGAUCUCUCAAGAUUCAGUAGGAAACAGUAAUAGGAGUGAAACGUCCACAUCUGGUAACACAGAAACUUACCAAGAGAAUUCAAGUUCUGGGCAUCCCAUCUUUAAGUGUCCCUUGUGUCAAGAAUCAAAUUUUACCAGACAGCGUUUACUGGAUCACUGUAACAGCAAUCACCUAUUUCAGAUAGUUCCCCUGACAUAA